UAAUAAACGCAAGACAAAAGAUGUGUGCACUCGGAAUUACAUUUCUACAUCAGUUGAAGUUUAAAUAAGAAAUUCUUUGAAGUUUACCGGCCUUCCUAUUCCUAAUCAUGUUUAUUUCUAUUAACUAUGGUUAGAUAAACGUAAAGAUUAUACGCUUAGGAUUUCAGAUAGGAUUAUGAUGAGGAUUGUAAGGGUUAGCGCCAGUCAUUCUUUCAAUGUCGACAUCGCUCUAUAUAGUCUUAAGGUUUGAAUCUACUUCUUUCAGUUUACUUUGACUGUGUAUUUAUUUGAUGAUUAUUAACAAAUAUAUAUAUGAGUUCUCGUUACUAGUGAGAAAUGCCCGCUAAAAUUAAACACCGUGUCCGGCAGUAUGGAAGUCAGGUAGCUACACUAAAAUGGAUAAAUUGUAACUCUCUAUAUUGUUUUACAGUACCAACUUUCCCUUGCCAUGACUUUGGGAUCUCUACGAUAUGACAAACUAUUCGACUACAGUGUUAAUUUGGUAGAUGAAAAAGCCAAAGUACUUGUGAAGAAGUACUAUGAUGAACUCCAUGGCGAAGUCAACAAGCGAAUUAUCAAGAGAAAUCGCAAGAGGCAGCUGGAGGGCAAGUUCAUCUAUCCAUACUUCAUGCCACAAUGGUUGACUAACAGCAUACAAACAUAAUAACUUAACUUUUUCGUAAAUUUAGACGUUAAAGUGCCUAUGACAUGAAAUUUCACCCCAAAUGUUUAUGAUUGC